AUGUCGACCAACACCAAAAGUAUAGCAUUCCUUGGAGCCACGGGCGGCUGCGGCCUCUCGGCUCUCCGACACGCCCUCGCAGCGGGCCACACCUGCAUCGCCCUAUGCCGGACACCGUCCAAGCUAACGGACCGGUUCCCGCCGGCAGAGUAUCCCCACCUCACGGUGGUCCAAGGCAACGCCCACGACGUGGCCGCCGUGAAGCGGUGCCUGGUUGACCCUCGGCACCCGGACCAGCCCCGCCUGGUGGACAGUGUCGUCUUUUCCAUUGGCGGCACCUUCAUCCCCAGCCGGCUCACCAUUGAUGACCCGCAUGUCUGUGAGCGCGGCAUGGAGACGCUGCUCCAGGCUCUUGCCGAUAUUCGGCGGACUACCGUGUCCCAAGGUGGUGAUCAUGAUGAUGAUGAUGCCCCGACACCGAAGUCCGGUCCGGUCAUCGUGGCUGUUAGCACCACGGGUAUUUCCAAAGCCGGGCGCGACCUGCCGCUCGUCAUGUGGGCGCUGUACCGCGGCAUGUUGGGCGUGCCGCAUGCCGACAAGGAGGCCAUGGAGAACAAGCUCGUGGCGGCCGACGAGGACUUUGUCGUGGUGCGGCCGAGUCUUUUGGUUGACGGUGGAGGUGGAGGCGACGGUGAAGCGCAGGCACCUGCGAAAGAGGUCAAGGUUGGGAUCGAGGACUUGAAGCACGGGCGCCACGUUGUUGAGAAGCAGGCUUGGGGAUAUACCAUCUCGAGGGAGGACGUUGGACGUUGGAUGUAUGAGAACUUACUCCGCGGCGACCAAGGUGGCGAGUAUAUUGGCAAAGCUGUUUCGCUAACUUGGUAA